AUGGGUAAAAGUAACAACCAUCACCCUCAUGGUCGCCAAACCUGCACCAAGCAGUUUUGGAAGGCUGGUGAAUACGAAGGCGCUCCUCGCAACAUCCGCAGAAAUAUCGAUUCUUCUUCCACUAAUGGUUUCGAUCACGCCAGGAUGCACCCCAAGUUUCUGCACUCCAAUGCAACGAGUCACAAGUGGGCUCUCGGAGCUUUCGCGGAGCUCUUAGACAAUGCACUGGACGAGGUCCACACCGGUGCUACCUAUGUCCAUAUAGACGUGCUUGCAAGCAAGAAAGACCGGAGCAAAAUGCUCCUGAUUGAAGACAACGGCGGCGGGAUGGACCCGGAAAAGAUGAGGAAGUGCAUGUCGUUAGGGUACUCAGAGAAAAGCAAGACAGCAAACACCAUUGGACAAUAUGGAAACGGUUUCAAAACCAGUACCAUGAGGCUUGGGGCUGACGUCAUCGUCUUCUCUCGUACUGCCAGAACCCAGAGCAUAGGAUUAUUGUCUUACACUUUCUUGAGGAGCACAAAGAAAGAGGAUAUUAUAGUUCCCAUGGUGGACUACGAGAGAAGACGAGGGUUUGACCCUACCAAGAUUAUUCGAUCCUCGAGCGAGAACUGGAACAACAGUUUGCAGACGAUAAUAGAGUGGUCGCCGUUUGGGAGUGAGGGAGAAUUGAACCGUCAAUUUACUACGAUGAAGCAACAAGGCACUCGAAUAAUCAUAUACAACCUUUGGGAGGACGAUGAAGGAAACUUGGAGCUUGACUUGGACAGUGAACCUCAUGAUAUUCAAAUGCGAGGCACAAAUCGAGACGAGAAGAACAUAGAAAUGGCCGAGAAGUACCCUAAUUCUCGACAUUUUUUGACUUACCGUCACUCGUUAAGGAGUUACGCAUCAAUUCUCUACUUGCGGCUUCCCACCAACUUCAAAAUCAUUCUUCGCCGCAAGGAUGUUAUGCAUCACAACGUUUUGGAUGAUUUGAUGUGGUCUGAGCAGAUCACAUAUAGGCCGAAGCUACCUGAUAACGAGACAUAUAUAACGAGGAAAACCAAGAAAGAUACAGAGAUGGUUGCUACGGUCACCCUUGGGUUUGUGAAAGAUGCAGAGAACCAUCUUGAUGUUCAGGGGUUUAACGUAUAUCAUCGGAACAGACUAAUCACGCCUUUUUGGAGAGUAUGGAAUGCUGCAGGAAGCGAUGGUCGGGGGGUUAUAGGUGUGAUAGAAGCCAACUAUAUAAACCCAGCUCAUGAUAAGCAGGGCUUUGAGCAUACCAUACUUCUUGAUAGACUCAAGCAGAAGAUAGCAGAAACGCAAAAAUCUUAUUGGUCUACCAAUUGUCACAAGAUUGGCUAUGCUCCACGACGCAAUAAAAGGGCUAUUAUUGAAGAAAGGGAAGCUGCUAAUAAGUCAGGCAGCCAGAGUCGGCUAGUUUUAAAUUCAAAUUUAGACAAGUUAUCUUCACGUAAGAGACCAGUUUUUGCUUCUAAUUUUGAGUCGUCUUCACGCAAGAGACCACUUGAUAGGAAUACAAUUGCAGCCCCAUACAAAAGUCAGAAGGUUUCUUCAGACAAAUCUCCCAAUGGGAACAUGACCAUACAGAAGAAAACCACAUUGCAAGCAACCUUUAAUUCAUCAACUCCUCGCCUAGAAGUUGUGCUUGGAUUAAACUCUUCUAAUCCACAUGCUGACAUACAUAUACCAUCUUCUGCGACAGCCCAAACCUCAUCUGGUAAUGUCAACAUGAAGCCCACUUCCGAUAAGCAAACUAAUGGCAGAAAUACUGAUAAGGCAAAGAAAAAUUCUGAGAAGAACGCGGAUGAAGUGAUGCAUCCUCAUUCUUCCCGGUGUGAAGAUUUUCGAUAUGAACAGUCUACACAAUGUGGAGCCAAUAGUCCGGUCACCACAAAAUCCGGUGCAUUCAAUAUUAUUCAAGAAUUGCGUGCACAGCUCGAAAAGGCAAAAGAAGAAAUUAAGAGACUGAACAUGGAGCAGGAUGAGAGUGCACAAAAGCUUCAAAAGGCAAAUGAAGAAAUUAAGAAACUGAACAUGCAGCAAGAGGAGAGUAAACGGCGAGAGAAAGAAGCAAACAACUUGCUGAAGAAAGAAUUACAGGAUGCAUACAAUCAGCUCGAAAAGGCGAAUCAAGAAAUUGUGAAUCUGAACACGACGGAGAAAGUUCUAAUUGAACUGUUGGAUGAGGCGCGAGCUUAA